UGUGAAGAAAGUGGUAGCCAAGAUGCAAAACCUUCUCUAUCUGGUCAUCCAAUUGACAGUGCGUCUCCAGUGUUGUCUCCUGUGAUUGAAAGCAAACCAUCAAUUGGUGAAGAACUAAAUAACUACAGUAGCAAAUCUGGCCUGGAUGAACAAUCACAUCGUAAAGUUGAAGACUUUGAUAUUGAGGAUUUGUGCAAUGUUAAUGACUUAAAGCAAGCUGAUUAUGUACAGAGUGUUUCUACAAAUGGGAACAACUCAAGAAAGAUUGUUAGUGUCUCAAGGAGAAGAAAGAUUGCAGAUGAUAGAAAAAGAAGUGGUGAAAUUAGUAGAGCAGUUUUGAAGGAUGAAAGCUGUGCAGGUUAUGCUAGUUUUUCCAGGUCUGGGGAGAAAUUGAAAGAUAAAAAAAAGGGGAAAGAUUCAUUUUCUGUUAGGUCAGAUUCUUUAGAUGCUCCAAAAUCAGACUCUGAUAUUAACAGUGGAAGUAAAAAUAAGAACCUGCUGAAAGUUAAAACAAGUCUUAAGGUUAAAAAAGAGUUACAAGAGAGCUUUGAAUGUUCUGAGGCUGAGAGAAGAAAACCUCUUAAACAUAACAAAACCCAUGUUCAUGGAAAACGUAAUUUGGGAACAUAUGAAACCUCACAUGCUACCAAGAAGUUGAAGUUUAUGGAUAACAAAGACAACAAGACUUCAAAAUCUCUCUCGGAAGAUGGGAAUAGUGUUUUUCCUAGCUCUCCUGACAAAGAAUUCAAACAAAUAGAGUUGAAAAGGUCUACAUCACGUUUGAAAUCAGAAAAAGGUUUGUCAUCGAGGGGUCAGAUCAGCAUUGUAGGUUCUGAUGAUUCUGUUGGUGAACUGCUGCCCGAGACAAAACAUCGUGUCCAAGUCCUGCAAUCUAUGCCUGAUUCUGCUAGUGUUGCAACUGGUGGACAUACAGAGAUAAGUUCUCUUGGAUCGCAAGGUGACACAAAUAAUGUUGCAAUUAAGCAAGCAAAGAGGAGACGAAGAGCUGUUUGCGUUUCUGAUGAUGAUGAUGAACCGAAGACUCCUGUUCAUAGAGGAGCUGCUAAAGAUAUUAAAUCAACUUCUUUUGUUUCAGAGGUUAUGAAGAGCAGUGAUACACUGCUAGAGAACACUGAUGUUGCUCAGCUGGCUACCAAAAACCCUAUUGCACUUGAGGAUGUCCAUUUUAAAGAAUCCACUUCUGAAUUACAAAAUGACAAUUUGUCAACUGGGCAUCCUCAAAAAGAGACUGAUGAAGUUAUUCCUGUUCAAUUACCUCAUAGUCCUGGGAGAUUAGGUUCAAAGCAACUGCCUCCCAAGGUGGUGGAUAAAUUGAGGUCCAUCUCUCCUGUAAAUUCACCUCGUUCUCUUCAUACAACAAAGUCAAAUGCUGAGCAAAAUAAAUCUUCCAAACGUAUGCUUCAAGUUUCCAGUAAUUCUACUCAAAAGAAGGUUGAUAACGUGUCUUCAAAGAAUUUAAAUAGCUUCAGCUCUUCACCAAGUCAGGUCACUACUCAUAAAAAGAAGCCUGCACCUUCAGCUGAAACUUCUAAAACUACACCAAAGACAUUAUCACAAGCAGUUGAAGUUCCAGUUACAACAGAAAAUUUAAAGGAAUUUGAUGCUUUUCAUGUUGAUAGGACUCCAGAAACUCCUAAGACUAUGAAGAAUCUUAUUGCAGCUGCACAGGCAAAACGGAGACAAGUAGCUCAAGCUCAAUUUCAGCCUCUUUCCACUUACUAUACUCAAGGGGGAACACCAAGUCCCUCUACAAUUCAACCAUUUUUGUCUGCCUCAAGUAAUUUUGAUCAGGCUGAUUGGCAGGUAGUUCUUGAACACCCAACAUUGGCUUCUCCAUCAACUAAUGGGUAUCAAUCCAUUUCUCAAAAUGAACUUGAUGCUGUAGAAAAUGAGGAGAAAAUAGUUAGUCCAGUGCAAAAGGAUGUAAGGGGUUCUCUAAGUGGCGGUACUGAUGCCGCUAUUGCUCGUGAUGCCUUUGAAGGAAUGAUAGAGACUUUGUCUAGGACCAAGGAAAGUAUUGGGCGUGCAACACGUUUAGCUAUUGAUUGUGCUAAGUAUGGCAUUGCCAAUGAGGUUGUUGAACUUCUUAUUCGAAAGCUGGAAAGUGAAACUAGUUUUCAUCGUAAAGUGGAUUUGUUUUUUCUUGUUGAUUCCAUCACCCAGUGCUCUCAUAAUCAAAAAGGCAUUGCAGGAGCCUCAUACAUCCCCACAGUUCAAGGAGGGUUGCCACGCCUUCUUAGUGCUGCUGCUCCCCCUGGGGCCAGUGCUUCUGAAAAUCGUCGUCAAUGUCUCAAGGUUUUAAAGCUGUGGCUUGAGAGGAAAAUUUUCCCUGAAUCAGUUCUUCGUCGUUACAUGGAUGAUAUGACAGUUAUUUGUUCCUUUAGGCGUCCUUCUCGUGCUGAACGUUCUCUUGAUGACCCAAUUAGAGAAUUGGAGGGCAUGUUUGUUGAUGAGUAUGGAAGUAAUACAUUUAAGCUGCCUGGCUUUUUAUCUUCUUGUGUGUUUGAAGAAGAUGAAGACAAUGAUUUUCCAAGUAAUGCAUCUCCAGCAGAUGCGAUGCGCAUUGUUGGGGAUUCUGAAACUUCUACUUUUACCCCAAGUGACAAGCGCCAUUGUGUCUUGGAGGAUGUGGAUGGUGAGCUGGAAAUGGAAGAUGUUUCAGGUCACCUUAAGGAGGAAAGACCUUUAUCACUGAACAGUCCUUCUGAAAAGGAUUCUCAACUUCAGAGCUCGGAAAGGAUUUUAGUUCCAGCAUCAAACAUUUCUGCUGAGAUACCUGAUGAUAUUCUUGAGGGCUCUCCUCCUUUGCCAUUAGAUUCACCCCCUUCUCCUCCACCUUUGCCUUCCUCGCCUCCACCCCCUCCUUUGCCACCCCCAAGCCCUCCACCUUCACUGGUUCCUCAAUCAUAUGAGCCUGUUCAGCCUCCACUUUUCUCCCAGACAAUAGUGCCACCUCAAUUAUCGCAUCAGUCAUCACCAUUGUCAGGGUUUCAGCAGAGUGUACCUCAUGAUUUUAGUGGCUCAACCAAUGGCAACCAAAUAGGUCAAGUGGCUGGAAAUUCUUUCCCUGGAAGUCACAAUAGCUCAGUUGUCAAGAAUGAAAUAUUACAACAGCCAUCUGCUUGCUUUCCUGCAAUGGCAGGCUGCAACUCUCAAGAACCUUCUGGUUUUAACCCUCCGAGGCAGUUAGAAUAUGGACAAAAUGAUAUGUAUCUAAAUUCUCAAGGCCCUCAACCUAAUAUUCAAUUUCAGCCAGCUAACCCACCAUUUGCUCCAAGACAUGUGCAUCCUGCCCUACCCGAAAAUUCAUCCAAUCAAUACUCAUAUCCAAAGCCUACAAUUCCCCAGCACCUUCCACAUUCUUUCCUUCCCCCCUUCUCAUUGCCAUCAGUUCCAGAUGGCCAGAGGCAAUUUGGUGCUAAUGAGCAAUGGAGGAGACCAUCAAGUGAAUUUAUAACAAACAAUCAGCAGGGUCUAUGGAUAGGGAGAAAUCCUUCAUGUCCUGCUCCUCCCUUUGGGCAGGAAGGUUUUUUUCGGCCACCACUAGAAAGACCACCAAUAAACAACGUAGGUUUUCAGCAUGCAAAUCCUAGCAACAUACCUACUCAUCCUAUGACAGGACAUGGUGUUCCUCAGAUGUUGUCCUGUAGACCAGAUAUACCUGCACUUAAUUUUUGGAGGCCUACCUGAUGCUGAUAGAAAUAUUGUAAAAUUCAUCUGUACAAUUGUGUUGAUGCUUGUGGAUCAACUAUCGAGGUCACACAUUGUGGUUUGAAGUUAGAUUCACUUGUGUAGAACAUAUGGACCACUACCCGAGGAAAGUUUUGAAAACUUGUGGAGGCUUUUGGCAGGACUGUGUAUAUUAUAAUUUUUCCUGACAAUGUAUCCCAAGAACAUAUGCUUCCAAGUUUAGGUCCUUGUUUCUGACUUGGUUA